UUUUUGGUGGAAGGUGGUGCUAUUGUGGACAAGCUGCUUCUUCCACGCACUUGGCGCUCCUGUAGAUGAGCGUGUGUUCUCCAGGCUGUCCUCGUGGAUAAAUGCUGAGAGGCGGCCGAGCCCCUGGUGACCUCUUUCGCUUUUACUAUGUCUGCAGAGGCAGCAAUGAUGCUCUGUCGGAGGAUCUGAAGUCUGGUGCGCGGAUGCGUUUUUGAGUGCGCUGCAGCCUGAACAGAAGAAACACGAUCUGGCAGACUGGAUGCAAACCACCCAGUAUGUUUUAACUGCGCUGGCUGUUAACUUUUUAUCUUUUCAUUCUUUUUUUGUUUUUGACUUCAGUUGGAUGUCUUUUUGUGGGAGUUUUCGUGUUGCCCUGCAGGGAGCGGACAUGGUUUUGCGUACUGGAAGUUUAACCCUGCUCUCCUGAACUCCCCAUCUUUUGAGGGGUUUUUUUUGUUUUGUUUUGUUUUUUCACCACAAGUUUAUAACCGAGUCUGCAGGAGGAUUGAGGCACGAAAGAGCAAAUGGCCAACGAGCGCAAACCGCGGCUCUGCAUCAUGGCAAAGGGGGACAGCGGGUAUGGGUUCCACUUGCACGGCGAGAAGGGAAAGAACGGCCAAUAUAUCCGCAAAGUGGAGCCGGGGUCCCCGGCGGAGGCGUCGGGAAUGCGCGCCGGGGACAGGGUGGUCGCGGUGAACGGAGUCAACGUGGAGAGAGAGACGCACCACCAGGUGGUACAGCGGAUCAAGGAAGUAGAAAAUGAGACCAGGUUGCUGGUCGUUGAUCAGGAGACAUACGAAAGCCUCCGCAGCUUGCAUCUGACGGCCACAGAGGAGAUGGCUGUUCUCGGGACAGAGGCUCUCCCCGCUGCUUCCUCCCCUCCAGCCUCCUCCUCGCCGAUACCCUCCUCCACUCCUUCCUCCCCCACCAAGAAGCGUCAGAAUGGCUCUGUGUCCAAGCAGGGCAGCCAGGUGCAGAAGCCCACCAGGAGGUCACCUUCGAAGGCUGCGAAGAAGGAGGCCUCAACAGAAGUGGAGAUUCAGUCUCAGCCUCAGGACCAGUCCCCCCACCAGGUCGACCCGUCUGAGCUCGCUCCACGUCUGUGUCACCUGACUCGGUCAGCGGGGGGCUACGGCUUCAACCUGCACAGUGACCGGUCACGGCCCGGUCAGUACAUCCGCUCCCUGGACCCGGGAUCGCCCGCCGAGCGUGCCGGACUGCGACCACAAGACAGACUAGUUGAGGUGAACGGCGUGAACAUCGAGGGCAUGAGGCAUACAGAGGUAGUGGCCUUCAUAAAGAAAGGGGGAAACGAGACCUGGCUGCUGGUGGUGGAUCCAGAAACAGACGGAGACUUCAAGAGAAGAGGAGUGAUCCCCACGAUCAGCCACGUCAAAGAUUAUGAUGGUCCUUCCAUAUCCAACGGAUCGCCCAGCCCUCAGGUCAACGGCAGCUCCACCACGCAGUCCUUCAGGUCGACACGCUCAGACCUCAGCAGCCAGGGGAACAGCACACAGCUGGCAGACGACGACGGCAGCCAGCUCAUGGACCCUUUCGCUGAGAUCGGUCUGAGACUCGCUGCCACGGCGGCAGAGGAAAAGAUGAAACUCCAUGCCAAGGAGAAGAAGAAGGCGCCGCAGAUGGACUGGAUGAAGAAAUACGAGCUGUUCAGUAAUUUUUAAGAUUAGUUUCUUGCCUCGCGAGACUUUGUGAAAGGCAUUUCCUAAAAAUCGAACUUCUCUGAAAAAGAAGAUUUUUCAAUACUCAGAUGAGAAUAAUCCCGACACGCGAGGGACACAUUUUCUCUUUUCUCAACACUUUUUCUCUCCAUCAACUAUUUGAUUCGCCCUCCACCUCUGAGAGACUCGAAAUAGCAGCUAUUUUUAUAUUUAAAAACCAUAAACAAAAAUAAAUAAGCAGCAUCCUGUUAUGGAAAGCCUUCUAAAGAGGUUACUGGACACUGUGACAUGAAUGAUGGUGGACUUCGUGGGAGUUUAUAUUUUUUCAAAUCAGCCUGGGGGAUGCCUGAAGCAGGCAGAAGAAUCACUGUGAAAGACUCUGCACCUCCAGCCCAUGCAGACAAUGUACAACCAAGAAAAGAACGCUGUGUAUUCUCUUACAUGUAUUUUUACAUCAAGUAUAUCAUCAUUAAUCAUCAUUGUCAUUAAUGUACGCCUGCUUGUGAAACAUAAAAUAAUUCGAAGAACUUCUUCCUGCUCUAAUCACCAAUAUCUCCUUAUCUGAAGACAAAGGGAGUGGUUUCUAAGGGAAGAACGGGAAGGAGCUAUAGGUUCAUAGAAGGGAUGUGUUUUAAUGUUUAACGCAAAACAAACACCUUUCUGAAUCACAUUUAGAUAUUCAUCCACUUAGUAUUUCAGAGAAACAUUUUGAAAAGCUAGCGAGAGAUUGGUAUAAUCAGAGAAACUUAAAUUAAAAUGGUUUAAUGUGAACGUUGUUUUAUGAGUUCAAACAUUUUUUGUUUGUUUGUUUGUCAAAGAACUGGUGGAGGUAACAUUUAACUGCUGGCCAAGUAGCAUUCUACUAAUAAUUCAGUAUUAAUUGUUAUUAUUUUUCUUUUAUAUUAUUAGACUUAUGAAGCAGAUACGAUUGCGAAGGCUACACCUUUUUCUUCUUUACUAAAAUAUCUGGAAAGAUUGUAGUAGUACAUUACGAGUGUAUUCUCGUUUUACAACAUGUGGGAAAAGCCUUAAAAUAAAUUUGAAAGUUUAUUAGAGGUUUAUGAAGUUCGAUUUACAGUGAAUGAGUUUUUAUUUCAUUGCUACUAUGUGUAAAUAUGUCAUAACACAGUUACUCCUUUCUGGGCUGGAGGGGAACCCAUAAUUAUUACGCCUUUAUUCCCUGUGAUGGCUAAAAUGCAGCAAAGACCUUUGGGUAACCAAGUCUCCAUAACAAUCAUUAGACUAUCUACUUACUAGCAGGUAGUUUGGGAGGCAUACCCAAAAAAAAAAAGUAUUUUCUAUUCCACUAUCAGAGAUUUAAAAAAAACAAAAAAAAAACAUAGUUUGCUCAGCUGAAAGGGAAUUGUAACUUUGAGUAAUGCUACAUCUGAGUUGUUUCAAAAUUUGGAGAUCCCAGCUUCAGAUUCAAGUUGAAAGCAUUCAAAUUGCAAGUUUACUACCACUGGGAUACAAACACAUAAUAUAUUUCCCGCCAAUGUAUACAUUGAAUUAGAAGUGAUAGUAAACAGUCUUUGCCAAAAUAAUUUACUACAUGUUUUGUUCACAGCAAUAUCGGAUAUUAAAAUUGGCAAAGAGGGGUAGCACCGAAUAUUGAAAGCAGGGGCACCUGCAAGUUUGCCACUAGGGUCAAAGGUAAUUUUGGCCCUAGUCAGAAUAUUUCUGUGUGAGAUUUUGCUGUUACAAUUGAGUAUAAUUUAUUUUAAGGCUUUUAACAUCUGUUUACGAAAAUUCUAAUGUCAUGUGAAGUUUAAUAGCAAUAAAAAUCUGUCAUGAAUAGUGAGGGAUCAAUCAGACGUUUUACUGGUCAAGACAGAUUUCUGGCUUUCUUUGAUUUUUCACUUGCUAAUUCUUUACAAGAAGAAGAAAAGCUUGUAAACAAACUUACUCUUAUCACGUAAGUCUUCAAGCUAAUUAGCCUUUAUCGUAGGGUCGAACAUUUCAUUUCUGUAAACAAAUAAAGUCUUUGGACAGAGGUUAAAGUUUAACAGAAACCAACUCUCUUCUAGUGUCAGCUCAGAUACAACAUGGCAGCGUGUUGUCAGGGAGGGCUGGAGAAGCUCACAGCAAGGUCAGAGGUGCUUCAGGAAAGACACAGGGAGUCACAGACAUUACAGAGGAUUACUAUGCACAUAGGAUCAGCUGUUAUACACAUGCUUGUAUGUGGAAAAGGUAAACAUGUAAUGCAUUAGGGUAACUACCAUUAGCUCUAUAUUCUGACAGAGUCUGGAUAGCAAUCUGUGUUACAAUUGUACAUAUGUGUCAGGUCUCAUUUUUUCAAUAAAGUGAAACAAAGGCUUCUUUUGAAUUGA